UCGAUUAUUCGAUUUAUCGAUUGCUUGUGACGCAUCGAUAAGGCAUCGAUGGCCGGGGAACUCCCUAUCGAUUAAUCGGGCAUGCGCAUUCAGUCGUCACGUGUAGGUCGUUUGCUCAGUGCAGUGUCUGUUAGUCUUGACUUCAAAUGAGUGUAAGGGAAGUACCAGACAGAAAUUACUUGAAAGAAGCGGGUCUCCUGCCUCCUAGGCAGUGCUCUUCCGAAGUUUGGCGGUACUUUGGCUUCCGUGGUGAAAACGGGAAGAUUGAGGAUCCGAAACACGUUGUAUGCACCAUCAACAAAUGCGGCGCCGUUCUGAAGUACUGUGGUAACACCACCAACCUGGCCGCUCACAUGAAAUCUCGUCACCCGCUAGUGUUUAUGAAAACAAGUCUCUCAAGAGACUCAAAUCCCGCGAAGCAGAAGGAGAAACGUGCGCAAGAGGAUCAGGCCGUCUCGAUGUCAUCUACUGUAGGAGAGAAAGCUGCAUUCGUCAGUCCAUUCCAACUCGCAGCAAAGCUACCAACAUCCAGUAAGAGAGCCUCUGUGAUCACUGACGCCGUUGCCUACUUCAUUGCUAAAGACAUGCAGCCGGUUAGUGCCGUAGAGUGCCUCGGAUUUCCUUGCAGAAAACUUGCAGUAGUUAUGUAACUAUUGCCUGAUAGAGUCUUCACUGUGUUACUAUGAUCUCGAAUGGAGCUGUGCUGUUGUGUAAAAUUGUGAAGGUGUGUGUAAAUGAGCAUUAAUGAAAUACGAGGUCAGACUUACCGAUUAAUCGAUAAAUCGUGAUACUGACUUCAAGUAAUCGGCAAUAAUCGGCAAUACCAAUUAUUUUCAUUAUCGCACAACGCUGGUG